AAUUAUAAAGAUGCUUCGUUUUAACUCUUUUAGACGGAUCAAUUUGGCAGGUACUAGACAGUUUUCUAGCAUACUGUCCAACACCCAGCCGCAAGGAAGUACCUCCAACCCAGACUUAAAGGGAGAUUACACUAUUAUUGAUCAUACCUAUGAUGCAAUCGUUGUUGGAGCAGGAGGAGCUGGAUUAAGAGCUGCUUUUGGACUCUCAGAAGCCGGUUUUAACACAGCUUGUAUCUCUAAGUUAUUCCCAACUCGUUCACAUACUGUUGCUGCCCAAGGAGGAAUCAACGCCGCCCUUGGAAACAUGACUGAAGAUGAUUGGAGAUGGCACUUUUAUGAUACAGUAAAAGGAUCAGACUGGCUCGGAGAUCAAGAUGCAAUUCAUUAUAUGACAAGAGAAGCUAUUGACUCUGUAUAUGAACUUGAAUCAUAUGGUAUGCCUUUUUCAAGAACCGAGGAGGGAAAAAUCUACCAGAGGGCUUUCGGAGGUCAGUCUCUUGAAUUUGGUAAGGGAGGACAAGCCUACAGAUGCUGUGCUGUUGCUGAUAGAACCGGUCAUUCAAUGCUUCACACUCUCUUCGGAAGAGCACUUGGAUACAAUUGUACCUUCUUCGUAGAAUACUUUGCUCUUGACUUGAUCAUGGAGGAUGGAGAGUGCAAAGGAGUUAUGGUAAUGAACAUGUCAGAUGGUACUAUCCACAGAAUGAAGGCCAAGAGUACCGUCCUGGCAACUGGAGGUUACGGAAGAGCUUACUUCUCAUGCACCAGUGCUCACACCUGUACUGGAGAUGGAGGAGGUAUGGCUGCCAGAGCUGGACUCCCACUUGAAGAUCUUGAGUUUGUCCAAUUCCAUCCAACUGGAAUCUAUGGAGCUGGAAUGCUUAUGACUGAGGGAUGUAGAGGAGAAGGAGGAAUCCUGAGAAAUAGUGAAGGAGAACCAUUCAUGGAAAGGUAUGCUCCAACUGCUAAAGAUCUUGCCUCAAGAGAUGUCGUAUCUAGAUCAAUGACUAUGGAAAUCAUUGAAGGAAGAGGAGUUGGUCCAAAGAAGGAUCAUAUCCACUUGCAUUUGAAUCAUCUUGCUCCAGAGACUCUUAUGGAGAGACUUCCAGGAAUCUGUGAGACUGCUCAAAUCUUUGCAGGAGUUGAUGCUACCAAAGAGCCAAUUCCAGUGUUACCAACAGUUCACUAUAACAUGGGAGGAAUCCCAACAAACUACAAAACUGAGGUUAUUACCACUGAUAAAGAAGGAAAUGAAAGUAUUGUUCCAGGAUUGUAUGCUUGUGGAGAGGCUGCCUGUGCCUCUGUUCAUGGAGCUAACAGACUAGGAGCAAAUUCUCUUCUUGAUUUAGUUAUCUUCGGUAGAGCAGCUGCCAAUACUAUUCAAGAGAAUCACACUCCAGGAGAAGCCCAGUCAGAUUUGAAGCCAAAUGCAGGUGAGAAUACCCUCCAGAUGGUUGACAAAAUUAGAUUUGCAGAUGGACCAGCCCCAACUGCUGAGAUUAGAGGACAACUCCAGGAAACUAUGCAGAGACAUUGUGCUGUCUUUAGACAACAAGAUAUCCUUGAGGAAGGAGUAAGCAAACUCCAAACUGUUACUGAAAUGUACAAAGAUAUUGGAACUAAGGAUAGAGGACUCAUCUGGAACUCAGAUCUUAUUGAAAGUUUAGAACUCGAGAACUUGCUGUUACAAGCCAAACAAACCAUUAACGCUGCUGAGAACAGGAAGGAGUCUAGAGGAGCUCACGCUAGAGAUGACUUCCCAGAUAGAGAUGAUAAGAACUGGAUGAUGCACACUCUCUCAUGGCUGGACACCCCAGAAAAGGAGGUAAAACUAACUUAUAGAGAUGUUAUCCACCACACACUUGAUGCUGAAGAAAUUGAUACUAUUCCACCAAUGAAGAGGGUUUAUUAA